AUGAGUACUCCUGCUAGAAGAAGAAUUCUCGCUGAUUGGAAGAAAUACCAAAAUGAGGGUGCUGGAAUGGGGAUUUUGCUUUCCAUAAACUCGGAUAAUAUGAUGAGAUGGGAGGCUGUGAUUUUCGGCCCUGAUGAUACUGAAUGGGAGGGUGGAAUUUUUAAUUUAUCAAUGGAAUUUACAGAAGAGUACCCAACCAAGCCACCAAAGGUGGUAUUCCUGACUAAGAUGUACCAUCCUAAUAUCUAUGUAAAUGGAGACAUUUGCUUAGAUAUUUUGUAAAAAAAGUGGACUUAGUUCUAUGAUAGUAUGGCCAUUAUGUAAUCACUGCAGUAACUAUUGACUGAUCCGAAUACUGAGAGUCCCGCCAAUAAUGAAGCUGCUUAAAGAUUUGAUAGUAAUUCAUCAUUAUUGCUGAUAACUUAUUGUAGAUGA